CAGACAGAGACACACACGAACACAUUGUUACUCAGAGAAAAUGGAUGCAUCACCUGAAAGUAGUAAAAGAUUUUGAGGUGAAUAGAAGUCUGCAAUUUUGCAUACCAAAAUCAAGUGGAAUCCAUAUAACUGUAUUCUCUGUUCAACUGUAUUCUUAUAUGUGUUGGGAUUUUGUAUCCACGUGACACAAAUAAAACCAUAUAUGGCAUGAACAGAGAUUUACACACAAAAUUCUUUGGUGAGGAAGCAAAAUUAAUUAAGAGAAAUGAUGAUGUAUUAUUUCUCAAGCAUUUAGAGUAAUUUGGUUUAUUUCAAUGAUUUGGGAUUUGGAUACAAGGACUGUCUCAUUAAGGGAAAACAUGUUCCAGACCCAGCAUAUGAAUGAAAGGGAGUAAACCCAAAAGCAAGCUUCAAGGAAAGAAUCGUGUUCUUUUUCACCUUCUUGGGGUUUACAUUUCUAUGAAUCUGGCUAGAGAGGAUAAACUAAUGAGUUUAUAUGUUGUUCAAGACUGUUAUGUCCCCAUUGUGUCGAUUUGGUUCACAAAAUUAAUUGCACUUGUUAGGCCUUCAUAUUGUUCAUGAUGUCAUCUCUUCAUAUUGUCAUAGCAUCAUGUCAGCAGUUAUGCUUGAGAUUUUGAGGUACUGAAGGUCAUGGUUUGCUGCCUAGAGGUCCCUUACUCAAACAACAGAGAUGAUUAAGGAAUGCUCAUCACAUCCCCAACCCUAAAAUGAUGCAGUAGUGGCAGUUCUGAAUUUAAAAUCAACAUUAGUUAUUCUUUGUCUUAUGAUGAUAAGAAACUAAUAAGUUUUAUCAGCCUGUGUCUGAAAUAUAUAUAUAUAUAUAUAAAUAGUAUUGCUUCUGUGUUUUUUUUCUUAAUUCUAUAGAACUUAUGACACUUGCCAAAUUCUAAAUCAGAGAUAUUUAGACCAUUGGAUACUCAUUGAUGUCUAAUGGCACCACAGCCUGAUCGCCAAUGAUCAUAUGUGCAUUCUUCUUGAGUGACUGAAUGAGCUACAUUUUAUUAUAAUUCUUAUAUCUAUAAUCCUUUCCCUUUUAAUUGUUUGUGGAUGAGGUAAUUGCUGAUGUUAGUUAUGAACAUAUUUUGUUGAGGUGAUUGGAUUGCAGCUACAUAAAUUACUGAUUCUUAUCUAAUGGGAAUUUUUUUCCCCUCCAUUGUAAUUUGAUUCUUGAAGCCGUCAAGUUGUAGGAUGGCCUCCUUUAACAGCUCAUAGGAUAAACAACAUGGUGAACCAAACAAAAUUACCCGCCACCGAAGAAUUUCAGUCCACACUAGAGAAAACUAAAAGCAAGAAUGGUGUGGUAGAUAUGACUAACAGUGGCAUCCUUGAGAACAAGAACAAUGUGAAGGAGAAAAGGGAGCUGAAGACUUCACUGUUUGUGAAGUUGAAUAUGGAUGGAAUUCCAAUUGAAAGGAAGGUGGAUUUGAAUGCUCAUAACUACUAUGAAACCUUAGCACAAACAUUGGAGGAUGUGUUGUGUAGACCCACCACAACUAUCAGUGUGAGACGACCAAGCAUGAAAGAGCAUAAUAUAAGGACAGAAGCAACAGGACCUCCCUCAAAGUUAUUGGACGGAUCAUCUGAGUUUGUGCUCACCUAUGAAGACAGAGAUGGAGAUUGGAUGCUUGCUGGCGAUGUUCCUUUGGGGGGAUGAAGAGUCAAUGUGAUGAGAAAAUGUCCGAUUUUGUCUUUUGUCAUAAAUUUCUUGGAGAGAUGCAAAAUAUGGUCAAAGAAUU